GAAAAAGCGAAAUCCGUUGACUCGUUCAUUCGGUUUUUUCCCUUCACCGAUAUUACUUGAUUUAACUACAGAAUGGCGGACGCAGCUCCAGCCCGUGGUGGUUUCCGUGGAGGAUUUGGUUCUCGUGGUGGCCGUGGAGGUCGUGGACGUGGUCGCGGUCGUGGCCGUGGACGUGGUCGUGGAGGCAAGGAGGACUCUAAGGAAUGGGUUCCAGUUACCAAAUUGGGUCGCUUAGUGCGUGAUGGAAAAAUCCAUUCAUUGGAGGAAAUCUAUCUUUACUCUUUGCCAAUUAAAGAGUUCGAAAUCAUCGAUUUCUUUGUCGGCACAGCUCUUCGUGAUGAGGUAUUGAAAAUCAUGCCUGUCCAGAAACAAACCCGUGCCGGUCAACGUACACGUUUCAAGGCUUUUGUUGCUAUCGGUGACAACAAUGGACACAUUGGUCUUGGUGUUAAGUGCAGCAAGGAAGUAGCUACCGCUAUUCGUGGUGCUAUCAUCUUGGCUAAAUUAUCGGUUGUACCCGUCCGUCGUGGUUAUUGGGGUAACAAGAUCGGUAAGCCCCACACCGUGCCAUGCAAGGUUACUGGCAAGUGUGGUUCCGUAUCAGUACGUUUGAUCCCAGCUCCUCGUGGUACUGGUAUUGUCUCGGCUCCAGUCCCUAAGAAACUUUUGACUAUGGCUGGUAUUGAGGAUUGUUAUACCUCGGCUCGUGGUUCAACUGGUACCUUGGGUAACUUUGCCAAGGCCACCUACGCUGCCAUCGCCAAGACUUACGCAUACUUGACUCCCGAUUUGUGGAAGGAAAUGCCUUUGGGUGCUACUCCAUACCAGGAAUUCGCUGACUUCUUGGCUGAGAAGCCUGGAAGUGCUCCUCGCCACCAAGUCGAAGCUUAAUUAAAUGCUAAUGAAGUUCUAACUAAGAACCAAUAAAUAAAUACAAAAAAUCAAAA